UUUGUUUUUUUUCUUCCUCUAUCUAUGUAACAGGUCCAUCCCAACUCCUAUGCACUCGUAGUGAGCAUGGAGAACAUAACGCUCAACUGGUAUUUUGGCAACAAUCGAUCAAUGCUCGUCUCAAAUUGUCUAUUCCGGGUGGGUGGCGCGGCCAUCCUUCUCUCCAACAAGUCAUCUGAUCGUCGACGUGCAAAAUAUCAGUUAGUCCACACUGUUCGCACGCACAAAGGUGCAGAAGAAAAAAGCUAUGGCUGCGUAUUCCAAGAAGAAGACGACACGAAAAAAAUAGGGGUGGCAUUGUCCAAAGAUCUAAUGGCAGUUGCAGGAGAGGCCUUAAAAACAAACAUCACAACCUUAGGACCAUUAGUCCUUCCCAUGUCUGAACAACUAUUGUUUUUCUUAACCUUAGUGGCACGAAAAGUAUUAAAAAUGAAGAUUAGGCCAUAUAUACCAGAUUUUAAGCUAGCGUUCGAGCAUUUCUGCAUUCAUGCAGGAGGAAGAGCUGUGUUGGAUGAACUGGAGAAGAAUCUCGAACUUUCUGAGUGGCAUAUGGAGCCAUCAAGAAUGACACUUUAUAGGUUUGGAAAUACUUCUAGUAGUUCAUUGUGGUAUGAAUUGGCAUAUUCAGAGGCCAAAGGAAGGAUUAGAAGAGGAGAUAGAACUUGGCAAAUUGCAUUUGGAUCAGGGUUUAAAUGUAACAGUGCAGUGUGGCGUGCAUUGAGGACCGUUGAUCCGAUUAAGGAGAAGAAUCCUUGGAUUGAUGAAAUUAAUGAUUUCCCAGUUGAGGUUCCAAGGGUGGUAGCCAUCAGCUCUUGAGGAAAAUUGUUCAUGUUUUCCUUAAGAAGGAAUGAUUAAUUAGAUGUUUUUUACUCAAUAAAUCAAUAUUUGUAGUUAUUUACAUUAAUCGUCAAAUUUACUGAAGAAAUAUAUAAGGAAACAUUUUGUUUGAAAUUGUCUUUGUAA